AUGCCCGCGAAUGCCAUCACCAUUAUAUUCUCUCCAUACCAUGUUGGUCUUCGCGAUCACCGUGUGGGAAACGGACCACACCGGAUUCGUAGACUAGGCUUGCUUGAUGAAUUGGAACGCCUGCAGAUCAAAUACGACAUUCAAAAAAUCGACCCCGUUGAUGAUUUCGAAGGAGAGAUUGGACGCAGCUUUGAAAUCCUGCGUCGUACCUCCAAAGCCGUUACAGAAGCCGUUGCUCAGAGCAAGUUCCCACUGGUUCUUUCUGGAAACUGCAUGGCUAGUGCGGGUGUAGCUUGUGGCCUCGGGAUUAAAGAUCUGGGUUUCAUUUACUUCGAUGCACAUGAUGAUCUGGAUUCACCCGAUGUCAACGAAAACGGCUAUCUCGAUGCUAUGGGACUGUCUAUGCUCCGUGGAGAGAGCUGGAAGACUCUUAUCUCAUCGGUACCCGGCUACCAGCCUCUUGAAUAUAAUCGCUUUCUUUACUGCGGUUUGCGCGAUCAGUCUGAAGUGCAACGACAACGCGUGAUCGAUGCAGGCAUGACCGCAAUCUGGGGAGAGACAUCACACAAGGUCGAUUAUGCGGCUGAGUUACAGGCUCAUCUCGAGAAAAAGGACUACAGCCCUGCUCUGGUUCAUCUCGACCUUGAUGUGCUGGACGAAUCUUACGGAAAAGUCAAUGAUUAUCCAUCUCCUGGUGGAAUGUUUGAGUCGGAUCUCAUUCGUUGUAUGGAGCUCGUUCCGAAACAGUCACUCCCAACCUCACUUACUGUGUGCUCCUUCGACCCGGACGCAGGUGAUGGUGACAAGAUCGCUCGCAUUGCCAUUCGGGCCAUCUCUACCUUCAUCAAAUCCCUGAUAGAAGCAGGGAAACUUGUUCGCGACUGA